GAUCAUAAUUACGCUGUCCGUGUGGUGGUCACAAAAAAAUAAAAUGCCUGGUUUUCGCAUGGCUUAAUUUUCCCACAACUUAUUUAUCACCAUAAGCAUCCCGUGUGCUAACUACCCGACUCCGAUUUUGCCUGGAUGCAGUGACUGUUCGACCAGAAACGGAGAAUCGUGUGCUCCAGCAGCUAGAGGACCAUUUUAAAUGGUUUCUCGACUGCGUCGUACCCUUCUGUAUCCACGCGUGACGCUCGGUCGUUUACUGGCGCUGGCCGUUAUCCUCAUUCUGGCAUGUGGCUUCAUUGGUUUCACUGAUGUGUUUUCCUUCCCUGCACGCAAUGCAGUGGGUGAUAAGGGAGCGCCCGUUGCAGGGGCCGUUGUGGGAGAGAAACGAGGCAAGCGUCGUGCGGACUACCAAGUGCGUUCGGAUAAAGUCGAGCGUGAUGCACCAGGCGAGAACGGACAGGGUGUUGUGCUGACCAAGGAUGAGCAGGAGCAGGCUGAUGCGCUGUUCAAGAAGGAGGCUUUCAAUAUUAUCGCCAGUGAUAAGAUUUCGCUGCAGCGAACCGUUCCAGACGUUCGCGAUCCCAAGUGUAAAGAUAUCGAAUACGACGCUGAACUUCCGACAGCCAGUGUAGUGAUCAUUUUUCAUAACGAAGCAUGGACACCGUUGCUGCGGACAGUGUGGAGUGUGAUCAACCGAUCUCCGCCGGAUCUACUGAAGGAAGUGGUUUUAUUGGACGAUUUCAGUGAUCGAGACGGUCUGGGCGGGAAGCUGGAGAAAUAUGUGGCGGAGAAUUUCGACACCAAUGUGGUGAAGAUUGUCCGUGCGAAAUCGCGACAGGGCUUAAUUAGUGCGCGGGUUCGCGGCGCAGAGGCAGCUACUGGAGAUGUUGUGAUAUUCCUGGAUUCGCAUUGUGAAGCCAAUGUGGGGUGGUUAGAACCAAUUUUGCAACGUAUAAAGGAAAGUCCCCAGACCAUGAUCUGUCCCAUGAUUGACGUAAUUAGUGACCAUUCUUUGACCUACUCCAGUACCGGACAUGGUUCUAGCGGUGGAUUCUGGUGGUCGUUACAUUUUAAAUGGGUUAGCAUGCAAGCCGCUGAGAACAAACGGCGGAAAUCUAAUGUGGAACCUUACCGAAGUCCAACAAUGGCUGGUGGGCUCUUUGCAGCUGAUAGAAAGUGGUUUUUUGAAGUGGGAGCGUACGACGAAGGGAUGGACGUUUGGGGAGGAGAAAAUCUGGAAAUCUCUUUCCGAAAUUGGAUGUGCCAUGGAACUUUGGAGUUUCUUCCGUGUUCCCGUGUUGGACACAUUUUCAGAGCAAGUCAUCCGUAUACAUUCACGGGACGCGACGGCACACCGAAUAAAGAUACACAUGGAAUUAAUUCGGCGCGGUUAGCUGAGGUCUGGAUGGAUGGGUACAAGAGGCUGUUUUACUUGCACCGACAAGAACUCGAGAAAAAAGACAUCGGAGAUAUUUCGGAAAGGAAAGCUUUGCGAGAGAAACUAAAAUGCCACGAUUUCAAGUGGUAUUUGGAUAAUGUGUAUCCGGAAAAAUUCAUUCCAGAUGAAGGAGUGCAAGGGUUUGGCCAAUUAAAAAACGACAAAUCAGGGUUUUGUUUGGAUAUGCUGGGCAAGGACGAGAAGUUAACGUUGAAUAUUGGAGUGUACCAUUGUCAGGGAAAGUCUUCCGCACAGUUAUUUUCGUUAAGUAAAGAUGGCCAGUUAAGGCGGGAGGAAAAUUGUGCGGAUGUAACAAAGCAUGCGCGGGAUGGGGAAGUUGUGAAAAUGUAUCCGUGCCAUAAGAUGGAGUCACAAAAGUGGACACAUGUGAAGGGCGGUGAGAUGAAGCACCCAGCCACGGGACUCUGUUUAGAUGUGGAGGGGGUGUCGAACGCCGGUGAUGUCGUUGUCAAAAAGUGCUCGGGAUCUGACACGCAGAAAUGGACCUUUGAUCAUUAUGAAUGAGCACACACACAAAUGGACACAGUUUCACAGAACCAUGGUUGAUUAAUUUGUUGCUGUUUGGAUUGUGGUCCGUUUGUGGCCGGCGCGGCACUCACGGGGUCGUGUUGUCAUAAGCGGGCAGCGGUGCUAUCGAUUACCUGGUGAUUCUGCAUAGAGAGUUAUUUUGUGGCCUUUUUACUUUGUGCCUUUUUAGUGUUGCCAACAUUCCGUGAAUUUUUCGGUGAAUCUUGUUUGCUCAUUAUGGGUCUCUGGUUUUUAUUGCGAAUUUUACCUGCGUAUGGUGUAAUCAGAUGUAAUAAAUGACGAACGAUCGAAUUUUCGGUCGAGCGAGA